GUGGCGCUUUCGAGCAAGAGGCAUGUUAAUCGGUUAGGCGCUUUGUCGUGUCUUGUGCAUCCAGUAUGAGGAGAGACAAGAGCGGACGAACGUGCGUGAGAUGCGAGAAAAAAGACUAGUGGUAUCGGUCAUUCAGUACUGCUGCAUAGUGAGAGUGAUGAACUCGAUUCGGAACUCGGAAGAAUAUAUAGCUCGUUUGGCUUUGUCAUCAUCGCAUCGGUCGCUUCUCUGAUACGGCGGGAUUAAAAGGAGCCGCUCGUCGGAAAGAAAACUGGGGCAACAAAAUCAAAAUUUUUGAUUCAUAAUUAGACAGUAAUUUAUUAUCCCAUUUGUCUAUGUCUAUCCCACCCUAUCCUUCAACUGAAUGAAUUUAUAAGUUCAAAGGAAAAAGAAGUAGUAGACUGCUAACAACGUUACGUAGUAUAUCAGAUACGAGUUCUCGUAUAUCAGAUACGAGUCAAAAAUAUACACUAGAGCUUGACUAAGAACAAGGGAGAAGAAAAAUGUCGAAGAAGGAAGACAAACUGAUAAAGCCAAUCGAAACGCAGGAUGCGUUUGAAAACAUCUUAGGGAACGAGAAAAGGCUUAUCAUCCUGGAUGUGUACUGAAUCUUUUGUUUUGUACAUCAUGAAGUUGAAGAUAAUUGUGAAGAGAGAAAAAAGUCCUGAUCCGUUCUUUCCACCUCUUCAGGUAUCAUUCGUGGUACGGACCAUGCGCGCAGAUGGAGCCAACGUUUAAAAGCACAGCAACAAACACGGACUUCUUCGACAUGAGAGGAAUUUUCUACAACGUACUGUCUUAUUUUUCUUGACCCACAUCUACUUCAAGUACAAUAUUAGGGUUAGUACUUUCUGUUCAUGGUAUCAUCGUUGUUAAAUAAACCAAAGAGUCCUCUUCAUUAAUUGUAUUCUCGUCCUGUUACAACUUUGCCGUCAACCUUCUCAGAUGGAAAUCGGAGUGGUACCCGAAUUGUCGGAGAAAUAUAUCGAGAAGAAGCCAAAAAGCAAGCCACUAUUUCUCUUUUACCUUAAUGGCAAGAUCGUAGCGGAAGUGCUGGGCUGUGAUUCUCCUCAAAUUCUAGGUACUGCUUAGUCGAUUCUUUUUUUUUGGUUCCUUCUAGAGAUGACCUGAAAGAAACUGUCUAUCUUUAUCUAACAUGCUUCCUGUUGAUUUAGAGAUGAAGAUGCGGAUAGGCAUUGUUGCUGUGAUAGAUUCGCUAGAAAAAGAGAAGCAUACUACACGUCGACUCUCGCUUUCCAGGUGCACUGGAGGAACAUUUGCCGGUUUACACGCCAGACGAGGACUAAGCGGGUCUUCGCGCAAAAGUGCACUUCCCGUUAUUCUGAAAAAAAAAAUUAAAUCGACGAGAAGCUCCCCACUUUUCGUAGUACUCGUUAUAGGAACCCCUUGUUACCUCUCACUCUCCUGCAUCUACGUUCCGUUUACUACUUAGAUUUACAUCCUUUGUUGACAAACAAGAAAAUUUCAAUUUGCGCGAAAUACAUCAUGAGAAAGGAACCAUUGCUCCUAAGCUGCAUGCUGGAUUUGCAUAUCUAAUGAAAGGCGUUGAACGUGUGACACGAAACAAGGUGCUCGCUACUGGGUAGAACACUCACUGCUUAGAACGUUCACUGGUA